AUGUUCGCCACCGGGACUGAUCCCCGAAAAGGGGAGAGGCCCCCAAACGGCCUUCUUCCUGAGGAUGGAAUAAGCAUCCAACCUUCUCCGUCAUCCACUGCAGGCGCGACCUUAGUCUAUCCUUUGUCGUCAAAGAGAUCUACCCACCACACAUCGCCAUCCUCAACCGCAAAGCCACGCCUUGCUGUGUCUACAUUGUCUCGGGUUUUUGUCGCUCCGUCACCAUCGCGACCGCCGAAAGCGGUCAUGUACGUUCCAGUAGUUAAGCCAACACACACUGCAGUAUCAUCUGAAGUGCAGAAGCAUUGCGAUCGGGUUUCGCAUCCAAAAGAUGACUUGUCAGUGACUGCGAAAAUUUCAGCUGUAGGCACCUCCAGUACCGGUGGCACACCAGGCCGCCCGACAAGCUCGGGCAGGCUUCCUCAGCAACAUCAGACGGGGGGGACGGCGUAUCCGUCGAAUAGGGGAAAGAAGCACGGGCAACAGAAGCGAACGUUUCAGGAUAAACAAUUAUGUAAAAAAUGGAACACAGUGUCUCCCGCAACAUAUCUGGCGUCUCCCAAAACAGCAGGUAAUGCACAUCCGACGGGAUCGAAUCCGGGAGGCACAGAUUCCAUUGCGUUUGUGGGCAAUAUGGUAACUUCCGCAGAAGUUGGCGCUCCCCCGUCCAUUUCCGAUGCCGCCGAGACGGAGACCAUUUCACUUCAGACAACUUCCUGCGACCACGUUUUACAUCCGCCUGUAGAUACAGGGAAUGAGAAGGAAAACCCGAAGGAAGUGUCUGUGUCUACAGCAACGUGCAAGAGGGGCAACCCUUCAGAAGCGUCUGGCCUUCAUACGACUGCAGCCACUCUGUCGAAGCGAAACGCCAAAAAUGCCAGUGUGGGGACACGCUCGCAAGACUCACUGCUGUAUGAAGUUGCUUCCCAGCAACGGGCGGUCACUGCCACGCUGGAAGCGGUACCCUCCCCUGCGGCCUGGUUGGCCGAUCAUCGUGAACGAGACCCCACAGUUCCCUCAUCGACUACGGAAAGUGCUGUAAUAUGUUCGUCUCCGCUGACCACUGUUGCAAGUAUGCAGGUACCCAAUACAGUAGAACCUUCAGAGUUCGCAACACGCCAGGUAAAUUCAGAAAAACGGUCAGGAAAGGAACCGGUCCUGUCUUCGGUGGAGCGACCGCCGUCGCUAGUGGACAGGAAACCAGCAGAAGCUACUGCCAGUCAGAAAACAAUGCCUUCUUCGUCUUCAAAACACUCGGCGCCGAUUCCGAUCUUGUUACCUCAACGGAGAAAUAGCAGCGGCGGACAGCCGUUCGGCAAAUCGACCUCUAAGCGAAUCGAGGGUGGUAAAGUUUCCAUAGUCUGGAAGGCGGCCACAAAUCAGAAGGCUGAUUCUAACAAUCAAUCAAUUUCACUGACUAGUAGUACAGUUCUCAAGAGAAUCAUCGGCGAGGAAACAGAUGGUAGAAAAUCAACCGCCAGCACUCAGUCGCAGCUACAAGGAGAUCUGCUCUCUCGUGUACCUCCCGAAAUUUCCGGCGAUGUUCCUCACGUCACCUGUGCAACGGUUGAUUCGUUUUUUUUGACGAGGCACAGGCAAUCUACCUCAGCUGACUCGGUUCCUCAGCAGAAGGAGGCAGGAAAUACGACCAACGCAAAAAGUGAAGGAAAGGGCAGGAAAAACCUGCCAGGAAAUAACAUGCACGAAACAAAGGGGGGUUCUCUACACAACCGAGCACACGCUCAGUUCGAAAGCCAUCACUCGGCUUCAAUAGAGAGAAGGCAAACUCGGCCCCCGGAAAGGAAAACGAGGUCCCCAUCUGUCGGAACUGCGCGUGAAAGUGGUUGGAUAGCACAACCGGAACGUUCUGUUCCUUCAGUGGACAAAGACGCCAGUUUCCCCUCAGAACCACUUGACUUGACAGAGAAGACAACCUGUCCUGAAGAGGGUUUUAACUCGCGUGUGAAACAGGAGGCACCUUUGCCCAGCAAAGAUGUCAGCCGCUGUGUAGAGACAAGCAGAGGCAAUGCAUGGUGUGCAGGUGAGCAACGGAAGCUUCCUGUUGCGUCAGCAUCACCACGCGUCAACCGGAAACAUGAAGGUCGAGUUGCAAAAGAGGGUGCUGCCAGUGGCGACGACCCGGCCAUAGACAUCGAAGAGGGAAGCAAAAAAGGAAAUGUCUCUCCUGCAAAAGCCUCUGUUGUCCUAAACAAGGAACCUUCGAGCUUCUCCAAUACUGAAGUGACGUCUUCAGUCUUUCCGAACGCGGCGAUUCGUCCUAGCGACGACGCCAGCAGCAUUGAGACGACAGUUGGCAAGCUGUCACGGCUGCCGACGUUUGGUGUGACGAAGCACGACUCCCCUAGUUCGCUGGGACCAAAGGCGUCUGGCACUUCCUCCAGCACUUAUCCGUCGCCUCGUCACGUUUUUCGCUCUUUGGGAAGAGGUUCCAGCCACAUGCCUCACCAUCGCCGCCCGCCGACCAAACAGUAUGUCUACGCGGCAGUCCUGAAAAAGCCGCCUUCGGAGCCAUUGGGACAGAACCAGACGAGUUCUACUACCGCCUGGCAGGCGCUGUCCGACAAAUUGUCCUUUCCUUCGUGUGGUAGUGCGAAACAAGGUCACCAUUUUCAUGGUCACGAGGAUGACCGCGGUGUCUCGACGCCUACGCUAGCUACAGGCGCCUCGCUACCAGAACCAGGUCCGCUCCUGAAAACGCCCACGCCACGUCACCAUUUGACGCUUUCUGGAGGUGCUUUCCACACCAUUUCACCUUCGUCGCCUCGGGAUCUGGUCAGUAGGAAACCAGUGCCUCCUCCUCUCAUUGCACAAUCUCCCUUGUUUCUGGCAGAACUACGUGAGGACGUCCACACGCCUCAUCACGCCCUUAUACAGCGAACACCUAGUGUUACGGACAACAACGAACAACAAGGAUCUCUAGGUGGACGCUACAUGAAAGGGAAACAAUGCGAGCACCCGCAAUUAGGAAUGUUGCCACCAUCGCCAGCCCCAGCUGAGAGAUCGUGCUCCCUCGCGGCCGAAAAAGAGACUAACGAGCGCACAGAAAGAGAAAAAGGGAGACAACCCGAGAGUACGCUUCAGGCUCUUACGGGAUCAGUCAAUCGUUCUUCCUACAGCACACUUAGGUGGCCUGUCGAGACAAAUGGCUUGGCUGGAAGUGACCUUAGUAUGCCUCACGACCGACGAGGGGAGACUACUGAAGAUAGUGCUGCUGACGGUUACGCAACAGAACGAAAAAAGCGGGGCGACUUCGGGUAUGGCGGCUACGGCCCCGAAAAGAAAUCAGGAAGAAAAGAGGGGGAUAUAUGCGACGGGCAGGCAGUGCACCGCACGCCGUUGGAGCAAAGAGGCCUCCUUUCUUCUGCGUCUCCAUUGUCUCUUGCAGCGCACUCACAGCAAGCGACACUGCGAAAUCUGCUGUCAGACAGCUUUUUUGGAGCAGGGUCUCCGCCUUGUCAGAAAACUCCGUCGUGUAACUGCCUUCGCUGUAUUACGGCCAAUGCAGCUCUUCAAUUGACGGCGCACCGUCCAUCCAAAUUACUUGCCUCACUCCUUGCCACUCCCAUUUAUUCAUCUCUUCUCCUUGGACCUCCUCACUCUGCUACGGCUCCGAGGAACAGACCCGACAAUUCAGGUGUGUCGGGAACUGCAAGUGACGGCCAAACGUCCGGUACCCCCGCAGUGCCAAAGUCGUCCACAUGGGCCAAACCACCUGGUCCCCCCUGUUCCCUGCCUGUGGCUCCAGCGCCUCCCGUAGCUGGAAGGGACAGGUACGCAGGAACUCUUCGUCUUCCGCGUGUGACAAGAGAGUCUGACGGACAGCUCUCACUGACAAGUUGGCCUUCGUCCGCACCACCACCAGUUCGCUUGAAUCCUGCAGAUAGCAAAGACUCUUCCUCAGCAAGCUGUACAGAACCUCGGCGAGACAUGCAGGAGCCAGGAAACACACAGUCUGACUCUGGCACUCUAGAUGCCGAAACAGUCUCAUCUAAUCAUCAAUACUAUCACGAUCCGUCUUCGCUCUCCUACAAAAUAGGCGCUCCUCUGUCCUCUCAUGGGUCCACGUCUUCAGCCUCUGGAAGCAUGCAGCAGAGAGACGACGGCGGCAGGGCUCAGUCUCAGUGCCCUAAACAUCUACGGAGUUCGUUUCCGUAUUUACUGGAUGCUCCAUACGCAAAUGAGGACGAACCGAAGUGCGAGAACCAGCGAGAAACCGUUGGGGCAUGUCUGCUGUUGAACAGAGAGACACGAGAAGGAACGCCAGAGGCGUGUCUUAAAAAGUCCCCCAGACAACCUUAUCUGAUCGUAAAGCAAAAGGUCAGCGGGAAAGGUACGUUUCAGCGCGAGAGCAACGAAGACGAAUCUGCGGACUCCCGAAAGCGCGAGGCGAGCACAUUCCACGAAAAGGCACUUUCUCUCGACUCCAGUAUUUCGUGUCUUGGUGCGACCAGCCCUUCGACCCCACCCGAGGAGCUUGUGGGCAGUCUGAGGAAGCCUGACAAAGAGUCAUUCUCCACUAAAGACACGCGUGUGCGGGAAGAAGAACAGGGAACCUACUGUAGAGAAGUGGAGCGUUCGGAGAAAUCAAAUGGUUUCAGUCUCAAAAGAUAUACACCAAAGGAGGCAGGACCUGAGACUAUGUCAAUCACGGUUGCAGCCAGGAAGGCUGCAACAGGGCAAGAUUCAGAAGGAAAAGACACGCCGAUCGGAGAACAGAGAGACUUCAGGUCUGUUCGCUUCGCGUCCCUCCUCCGCCAGCACGGUCACAAGGUGUCUGCAGCAGAUAUUGACCAACUGUCUCUCCACACGCUCCAAGACCGACACAACAGUGUAUGUGCACCUCGCAGGCCCAGCCAAGUGAGAAGCGAACCAGAGGUCACCAAACAGCCGAAAGUCAGUUCAGAGAAGGGAACGCCUGUCGCGGAGAAGGCCACCACAAAGGCGACGCCUGCAAAGAACCUCCGCGGAGGCUGCGACGACUCAGGUGUCGAAAAUGCGAGGGGGGAGGCACAGACAGGUCCUGAGGAACUUAGACAGCGAUGCGGCACCUCGGGAAACGGGGGGCAAGAGAGACCAAGUGACAAAGACGACGGAGGAGGAGCUACCACCGCUGGCCACGCUGGAAAAAAGUCGUUCCUCUCGCUUGCGACAAGUGCUUGCAGCGCCGAAAUACACAGAGUUGCGGAUCGGAGACAUUUGUUUCAGGAACCCAGGGCAGCCGAAGGUGGAAAGGGACUCGUUGCCCGUUUGGCGAGCCCUACACAAGGCGAGGAGGCUCUGCUGUUCCAAGCUAAGCUGCACGGGAGUAACUCAGAAUCUCAAAAACGCACGGAUGGAACAGAAACAAAGAAUCAAGACUGGAACAUUUAUUCACUACAGACUGCUAACAGCCGCGACUGCAGCGGGAGGAGACCAGCCGAACCACAUGGAAUGCGUUUGAACGAUGCAGUAAAACGCUGUUCUCUGUCGCCUUCUUGUUGUUUAGUGCCCCCUUCUGAGAAGAACUUGUCUGACCUGAACUUGGUAGGGGGGGUGAGUGACAAGCGAAGAAGGGAACACCAAAGUCGAAACAGUGAGAAAAGACAAGAUAAAGGCACACAGCAUGGCGAAAUCUUGGCAACUUCCCCUUCGCCGUCCCUACACCCCUGUGCCUUAUCUCAUCCCCCAACAGCUGUUGGUGAAGACAGGAACAGCGACGCUCGCCACAAGAACCUUCGUUCGUGUGCACAAGGCACUGCCCGUACACCCGAGAACGCGGCAUUCUUAGAACAUACUCGGCACGGACAAGGACAGGCAGGCGCAUCUUUGGAAGAGGUCGAGGCCUGCCUUCGUAGACCAUCUGCUUCGGUGUCUCUUCAUACUUUUGCGACACCUGACUCUCCGACAAAUAACGAGUGGCAAGAAAGACCACAGAAUGAGAAUUUCACUGCUAUGGUUCCCCCUGGGUCGGAGGCUCGAACUCGCUCUUUUCCCGAGUGUCAAGGAACACAGGCGGGAAGAAAGAUUGAUCUUCCAGGACAAGGCUGUAUAUCAGCCUGCACAAGCUCCACAGGCCCUCACACCCCUCUGCAUGACCCGGAGCCGCGCAGGGGGGCCGCACGGCAACCCAAGCAAAGCCACCAGUCUCAUGCACGCGAAGCCUCUCUUGGCUGUCAUCCAGGAGUGUCAACUGUCCCUGCUUUGUUUGCCCGUGACGCCUCCAGUUUCCAUUCGACCCAGCUUACUGUUGCUCGUACAAACGCAGAUCACGUGCCUCCCUUGGACCCUUCAGAGAUUACCAAACACAGUGGAGCAAAGAGAGAGUACAGAGAUCGUGGAAGCGGGAGAGACGAGUUGCUCCACCUUCUCCAGCAGCACAGCUCAGCGUGCCCCCGUGACGACUCCCAGGGCUGUGUGCUGGGACCUUCGGUUCCUUCCCCAGGUGCUGUUCCUUCUCGGAGACACGCGCCGGUCCCCUCGAUAGAAGAAAUCCAGACAGAGAUCCCAUCUAAAUCACACAGCGAGGCAGAGGCGCUGCCUGGAGGGCGAGAAAGUCAACAGCCUCGACAGAGAAGCUGCUUGCCUUAUGGAGGAAUGCUGCUCUUUGGCAAGCCAUUCCCACUGUCCCACGCUGGGGUGGCAGUCAACAGGACGGGUCAGCUGCUCAGCGACAGCGAGAUGGCUGGCGAAGGCACAGUCUUCAAACAAGGAGAACCUGCAGACGCCCAAAGGCAGGAGAUAAGCCCCAGCGAAAUGUGCGCAGCACGUAACGCGAGAGAGAACUCGACAGGACGAGAUACCGCACUGCAGGCUCUUACGGGUGUUUUGCAACGCCUCCUUGCCUCCAGUUCCAACCCUUUGCACUCUCAGCCAAGUGCGCAUGUCCGUGAGACCCCGAUCCAACUGUCUAGUUCUUCUUCUGAAGCUGAUUCUGGUCCACUACUGGAAGGAUCUUCCCGCGGCUCAAGUGUGAUCGGCGUGGCGCCGUUGUCUCGCUCCUUGUCAGAGUCGAAACCUUCGCGCCUUUCCACAGGCGACCUGCGAGGCGCCCUAAACGCAGUGCCUCAGUCUUCUUCUCCGGAUGCGGCGAUCGAUGAAACGAAAUCGAAGAAAGGGGUCUCUCCCUCUUCUCUUUCUCGUCCUUCGUGGCCUUUCUCGUCGAGUGGAGUCGCCGCUUCUUCGCCCAGUCAGGCUCAAGACCAACAGCACUUGCAGAAGAAGCUGCGCCAGGCGAUGCACCAAUCACAGGUGCCUCAGCUCGUUCUAGGAGAGAAACGCUUAGACGAAAGAGGCCGGGUUCCGCUGUCGCGUGUCGAGAGGCUUUUGAGAGGAAGUGGAGACCUUCCUGGCGGCCAGGCACGGAGGCCCGGAACAGCGGAAGUGACUGAUAGAGGGGAAGGCGGUGCCAGCCAGAGAGCCAUAGGGGGAUCGAAUAGCCACGAAACGAAGGCCUAUGGUCAGCAGGGCCAGGAGAAGAAGCAAGCUCUUGUAGACGCCGUGUGCAGAGAGUUGCGGAGGCUGAGGCGGCAGCUCGUGGAACACCAGAAGAGCAAAAGAACCACGGAAAAACAGCAGGGUGUUGAGAAAAGAGAAGGGCGCGACGCUGCAGACAGAGGCCAGAUGAAGGCAGGCGCGCUGGAGAGUGGGAAGACGCGGGUACCUUCGCCCCAGGAGUCUAGCGGUCGGGACCCAGGGCAGAAACCUCGAAGCGCCCUCCACCCCCCAGGUUUCCCUCCCUCGUCAGGUGUACAUUCACCGAAGGACUUGCCGCGGAGUGCCUCGUCGCCAGGUGGCCUGGUGAAAGCUCACGACACAAAACACUCGAUCGGAGGUCGUGCGAAGUCGCGGCACACCGCAAGUGCCUCCACAGAGCUCGGUAUCUUGCGCCUCCUCGCCGCCUCUGCCGCAGCGGCAAUGAAAGCUGAGGGAGGGCUUCGGGAGGCGUUAUCGUCUGCCUCUCUGUCGGCGUCCCUGCAAGCUGUUCUGCUCCAUCACAAGGCGAAGACCAAAGAACACAAAGAGGAACGACGCGCUUCAUGCCUCAGCAGAGAGUCUGGCGCCUGUCUGGACCGAGGGCCAUCGACCAGCAGCCGAGAGAGAACCAAAACGAACGCCGGCAACAAGCUAAAGGAGAGAGAACGAGGCGACGGAAGCGGAUCAGGUGGACAGCCACCGACCCACGCGGUGAGGGCUGGCGUGGUAGAGCCCCGCAGUGCGACUGGACCACCAGAUAUGCAGAAACCUGCGGAAGAAAGUAGCUCGAAAGCAAGCUCUCUGUUGACGACGACUUCCUUGUCAGCUUCGCUCUCAAAGUCUGGAGCCAUGGCUGUAAGGCCUUCCUCGCUACCCUCUGGCGCCCUUAUUUUGACGGACAACCAGCGGCACCAGCUGCGGCUGUUGCGGAAGCUCCACGACCUCCAUAGGGCCGAGGUAGAGCGGAGCAGACGGAGGCAGGUGGAGGAGCUUGAAGGGCCCGAGGACGCCUCGAGGCGAGCUGGAACCCGCGGAGAGACAGGCGCGGCUGAGGCGAGUGAAAAAGGCCUUCGUUCCGUGUCCGUGUUGGCGGACCGACUGUCCCACUGCAGCCACUACAGGAGACGAGACUGGUGUGGGGAGGCCCUAGGCCAGCCUGUUCUUUCCGGUCAGUUCCCCUCAAAAGAAGAGACAGCUGGUGUAUGUCCCUUCGACGGGACAGGUCCGCCACCCUCUGCGCAAUCAUCCCUUCUGAGGCAGCAGUCCUCUCCGCCGUACAUGCCUUCUCUCGGUCCUGCUUCGCCUCGCCCCGUCGAUGCCGGCGGAGUCCAUGCGCGGGUGCCAGCCCCCGUAUCACGGACCAGCUCCGGAUCGUCUCUGCUGUCACGUCUGACCGCCAACUUCUCGGGCCCGAGUGUCUCCGUCGCGAGCGCGGCGGCAGGUCUGGGACGCGGUAAUGACGGUCUAAGAAAACGCGGGGCCUCGUCCUGUCAGAAGCUCAUCUUCGAUCGCUCGGUAUCCACUGCUGCUUCGAUCCAAGCGCUAGCCAAAUACUAUCUGGGGCAGAAGGCCCUCAGCGUUCCUCUCGCGUCGUCGGGGCCCCCCUCGACAGCGACGGGUCUACACCGUCAAAAGGGCAUGGCCCUCUCGCACCUCUCGCCGUCGCUCACUGGAACUCAGAGGGGGUCCCUCUUGGGCCGCACGGCUUCUGCAGGCUCCUUCGCGCGGGUCCCCGACCCGCCGCCCUCCUCUGUGGAAGACUCCCGAGUGCGGAAUAGCAGACGAGGAAGCGAAGCUACGCUGGCACAUGCCGAGGAUAGGCGAGAGAGACAGGCACCGUUUCAGCACUUCAACCGUGGAGGCGGAGAUACUUCAGGUUUCGGAUUGGCCGCAGAGGAAAGCAGCUUUCUGUCGAGACACCACAUGUCCACGAGGCCGUUCCCCGAAGGAGCACAUGCUGAGUUGCAUCAGCAGUCUCCGACUCCGAGUCAGUAUCAGACGAGGGCGAGAAGCAGGGAAGCGACGUCUGAAAUCGAAGAAUCAAGGGGCGAAAACAGUGUGCCUCGAUAUGCCCUUCAAGGGCGGCUCGCUGAAGCGCGUCCUGAGCGAAGCCUGAGCCCUAGCGGUAUGGCAGCGUUCCUUUCUGUCGCUUCGCAGGGGCACCUGGGGGCAGCAGCGCCCUCUACGCGACGCCAGCCAACGCUCCGAGCCUUAUCGGCGCUCGACCGGGGCUCAAGCGUCCGUACAGAGGUCCCCAGCGCCAACAGCGUCCCCCCGCGUCGCUUUCUGGAAGCGCCAAAUGACAGCAGCUCCGCCCAGACGCUCCAACCCAGAGGCGGGUCGGGCGACAGCAGUGGGGGCUUGCGGGGCGCGGCAGUCCCGUGCUUCCGCGAGGUGUCCCAGCACCAAGUUCCCGUCCUCUAUGAUGACUUCUGUGGGCGCCAGAAACUCACAGAAGGCCUCUACAGAGUGCAGCGGAGAGCCUCGGCUUCAAAAGGCCGGGAGGGAGAGGCGGCACCCGCGCUCGCUGGAGGGCCUCUGUCUUCAGAAGUCCUCCGAGCUGGGGAAAGCCGCCACGCCGGAGAAUUCAAACACCAGGACAGUAAGAGGAGCAGAGAGAUUCCGAGAGGAUUCCUGUCUUCUGCCGAUAACGAAUGGAACUUCCCAGAUACCAAAGGGCCCCUGGCUGCAGCUGCACACAGCCAGGUGACCACGGCGCCCUUCGGCUCCCAUCGAGGGUCGCCUGCGCACGACCAGGAGACCACGAAAGGCUACGUAGGCACCAUGAAGCAGCCCAGAGUGGAAUGGGACGAGGCCAGUGACGGCGGCGAGGAAACGGAAGAAGACGUCAGCACACGAAGGCAGGCCCUGCGAGCAUUCCUGCCUGAGCCUCUUCGAAGUCUCCAUCCAGAGAGCAUAUGCCUUCGUGUGUGUGCAUCUAACGAAGGCCGCACCGAGGCAGACGGUCAUGUUCGAGAUCAAAAUAUCAGCACUCUUCUUCUUCUCGAUAUUCCGCUCUCGAUCAUUGUCCCAGGGUUCUUUCAUCCAUGGUCCGAAGCAAACGGAUUGGAUCUUCUCGUCUCGAAAUUCUUGUUAGCUUCCAGCGAAGCCACAGGGCGAGCGCUGCCCUUUCGGACGACGUCCUACCCCGUCAGUUCUUCUGCGGCUUCAUCGUCUCGAAGGGACCUUGAAGAGUCUUUCAGUUCAUUUUCCCCUCUCGAAGGAGCCGACUCAAUUAGUGGAGACCCAUCAGUCCCAGACAGGGAGGGAAACGCGUCGUUUUCGUCUUCGUGGUGGACCUUUCCUAACUGUCACCAAGGAAACGGUGCUCACAGUUUAGCACAUCACGCCGCUUCAUUUCCAUCCUCGCCGCUCCCGCAUGCAUCCCAUGGACAUCACAACGGCUGCGCUCCUGCGCUUUUUGGUCCCUCUCAACCUGCUGGCCAUCCGGCUGCCGGAAAUGUUUCUGCUCUCGCUUUCGGAGGCACUUCUGCCUCCGUCGCAUAUGCGUUUCCUCCCCUCUUUCGCACGUGUGCCGCAGGGGGCGGAGGGGGAGUUCGUGGUGCGCCUCCGGGGACGCUGCCGCCGCCCCUCCUCCCUCCACCAGGUUUUACGGAGCAGCAGUUGUUGCUUCUUCAGCACCAGCACACCCCGCCCUCGCAUGUGCGGUCCGGAUGUCACUACACCUCGUCGCAGCUCGUCGCGCUCCAUCCCGCGGCCCUGGCUGCCUCGUCACCCCAACCGUACCCUCGCAUCCACAGUCUGCCUCCAGUGGCCCUCUCACAUGUGCACCACUUCAGUGGUCAUCUGCUCGCCGGGCAAGGGCCGAGCAAUCUGAGUCGGGGUGGAGACAACGGCCUUGCUCUUGCAGGUCAACCUCACCCCAGUUUUUCGACACCAUCCCACUUGCCGCCAUCGCAUGCACUUCACUCUGCCUUGGGAUCCUCAGACGCGUUGUUCUCUUUCCGGGCUUUAGCGACGAGCCAUCCGCUCUCUGGGCAGCAGGUCCCUUCGGCCUGGGGGCCCAGUCCGAGAGGCCACUACCCUUCGUCAGCCAUGGGGACAGCGACCGCAGCGGCCUCGUUUAUAGCGAGUUCGACGGCUUGCCAGCGAGAAGCGAUUCAUCAGCAGCAACUACAUUCGUCUCAAGCUUCUUCCAGGUUCACCAUUGCGAAGAAGGCGAAGGCAGACACAGUCAAGCGGGACUUAGAUGAAGGUGCACGACCCUCUUCAGGCGUGGACGGAAAAGGCGGGCUAACUCCCUCAGAGGCAGAGGGUGGAACGGCGAGAAGCCCUGCUUGGUGGGACACGGCCGCCGCUGCAUUUAUGGAGAGAAAUGUGAAGAGUGGUACACUCGGGGGACCCGAUACCGGAGGCGCUCAGAGUCGGUCGCUAUCGACAUCAGCAGACGCCAGGUCGGGUCUCAGAGGAUCAAGGGCUUCGCCUUCGGUCUCCGCGGGUGUGUCUCAUUUUUCCUCUUUCGGGGCGUCUUCUCGACCCGACAUGCCUAGGGAGAAAGGGGUGCCAGAGGGGAAUAGCACGCGGGGGCAGGAAGCAGCCUUUGCAGACGCGCCUCUGUCCGGACCCAAGUCUGGGGCUUUGUCUUUGCAUGCUGCACUCCACGACGGCAGUCACAGUCCUGGAGGGGCGGUGGGUUCCGCGUCAAUUGGAGGGGGCGGGAAAGAUCGCGAUGCCUCCGUGUCCUGGUCUUUGUCCAACUCGGGACCGGCGUAUCCUUCGCGCCUUCACUCGUAUCCACUCUUCACCCCUCCUUCAUUCAGUGGCAAUUCGUUUGACGGCAGCGUCACAGUGGCGUCCUAUCGGUCGAACCUAACGCCCUACCAAGAAACUCCACGAAUUUCCUGUCUCGCGGAAAGUGACAGAGCCUUCGCUUCCUCGUCUGGGUGCACCUUUCCAGCUGGAAGAGGCGCCGUGGUCGAUUGCGUAGAACCUCAGUUUGAACGCUCCGACGCAGCCUCGACCGCAGCCGCCGCAGCCGCGGACAUGGUGCUUGCGUGCAACUCCUGUCUGCGUGGUAUAGACACACCGUCCAAGACCCUUGUCUACAUCGACGUUCAGAGUCUCCAGAUUCUGUCGAGACCUCCGCAGUUGUUUUUUCUGCAACAGGAAAUCUUGGCGACGGUUCUGCGGAAGGGCCUCCAGGCGUUCAUAGCCAAAUACGAAGAAGAACUGCAAAUGAAAAUGCAGCGUCACAUUCGGCGGUGUCGGCUGCGACAGCUGAUGCGGAGUUAUGGCCGUCAGCCGGGAGCUUCGGUUGAGAGGCUGCAGGCGAACGGAGGGGAAGGGCGUGAACUCGGGAGAGCAGGGAGAGAUGAGCCAGUCAACACCAAACCUGAGGACGAGAGGUACGAGCAGCCAGGUGAUGAAGAAGUCAAACAAGGGCAAGGAAGCGAUGUCGGUCACGCACAUGGAGAAACAGAUUCAGGAAAUGUGCUGGAAACGAGCGUGAAAAUGCAGGCGACAGUCAGAGCCUCUACAGAUAUACACAGAAUCCAGAGAUACACAGAAGAUACAGGCGCCAUGAAAACGGAGGUCCUAGCCGUGAAAACAAACGGCAUCCAGGCAGACAGGGCAGCAGCGAGCGAGUGGCCGCAGAGCGCACACAGAUGGAAUACUCAAGUGAGGCAUGCGGUGGCCGAAAUGGACCUUAACACGCCAAACAUACGCACUGACAAUGAGAACAAGGCUGAAAACAGCCUGGAAAAACGCGGACAAACUGAAGUUACUACGAGAGCCGAAAAGGGUGCAGAGUGUUCAGUGAAAGCAGAAAGAGAGAGACUUGCGUUAAUAGUGGCAUGCACCGAUGAAAAGUCGGGACAUCCCAGUAACUCGCUAGGACGGAUGAGAAGUUCCUCGGCGCCUUCGAGGCAGCUAGGCUAUGUGGAAGCUACCUGUCAGUCUCCGACGUUUUUCGGAAGAAGUCCAAGUAGUGAAUUUCCCUCUCACCGGCUCGCCCCGCCUCCUUCUCCUUCUCCCCCGUUUCCCAUGCUUUUGUCUUGUUCUGCCUCCUCUUUCGCUCCUGUCUCUGGGCCUACCAGCUAUUCAGAUGAGUCUGAGAGGAAAUUGCAUUCAUCCACUAACCUCCACACACCGCUGCACACGGCUAUGUCCCUCAGAGAUGCGGCAAGAAAAGUACAGGCAGGGUGCGUUCAGAGUAGAAAGAGCGAACAAGAUAGAGAAACAGAGGCAAUCCGAGUCGAGUUACACUUCUUGAGCGCCGAGAGCCACGGAAAAUGUCACAGUGAAAAGGAAGAAAACGCAGGCAGCUCGGGUUCGUCUCUCCAGGAUGGAACGACGUCUGCAUUCUCUCCCUGGCUGCACGCAACUACCUGUUACACCGACACGCUUGUCGGGUGGCCCGAAACGGAGACACCAUCACCCUCUACAUCUUGGUUUGGCGUCCAAGAGAACCGACUGAGUGAACAGCAACUUCUCGCUCUUCUCCAUACCGAGGAAACAAAGGGUUCGGAACUUCGAGCACGGUUGAUGGAGGCCCAGCGAUCGCUGUUGGGAGGGCCUGCCGGUGAAGAGACUGGGGACGUGGAGCGCAGAAAGCUUGAAGCAUGGUGGUCGUGUUGUCCCUCUCAGACCUCCUUCCCUUCUCCACAACUGUCGCCUUGCGAUUGCGCAGCCCCUCUUUCUCCUCGUCGGCGAGGUCCCUCAGUUCUCCGAGCAUUAGCGGACCGACAGGAGGUAGCCGAUUAUGCACCCAGCUUUUCUGUUGUCUCGUCCGCUUCCCGGCUUUCGACGCGAGCACAGAGCGGAGACACCGAGCUCCACUUGGAAGAAGACAAGGGUUCAAACUCGCCUGAAUCUCGUCGGUUAAUUACUCACUCUGGAAUCGAGAGGACUGCGGCAACGGAGAAGAAGCUUUCCUUCAGCGACGAAGGCUCUGUCGGGACAGGUGAGGGUCUCACGAAAGACCCGCUGACGCUCACCGACUUGCUAGAGCAGGUUGUGGAACAGCAGAAAGCAGUCCAAGCGCAAAUUGAAUCGCAACAGAAACUGCUUCACACCUGGCGUGCAGCCAUUGAAGAGAGAGCGAAAGAAAAACAAAUUGAAGAGGCGAUGCAGUUCCUUUCGUUAACGCGAGAAGAAGCCAGUCGCCUGAUUCUCCACACAGACCAAGGGUUAGCUCUCUACGAGGCCUUCUGUGCUCAGGCCCGAGCCUUCAGCCAGACAGAGCACGCUGGGCCUCUUAACUGUCGGUGGAGAGACGCCAUCAGGGGGCAACAAGGAGGAGAAGAGAACUGGAGGAGGAACGGAAAUGAAGUGAGAGGCGACGAUAGGGAGCCACGUCGAAAUGGGAAGGGAAAUAAUCAUGGGGAAAAACACUUCUUCCACGCUAGGAAGGAGGACAUAGGAACCACUCACGACCUUCUGGGAGCAAGACGACCAGAAGCUUCGGAGAAAGCACCCAUGAGUUCACAGGAGCUGAGGACCGAGGACAGUAAGAAGCUAGAAAACGAAACAAAAGAAGCGAGAAAAGAUCGCGAAAGAGGAGAUGGCUCAUACGCGGAUGGCAACUUCAUGCGCGUGGACACGCCCGCGACUGUGCAAGGAAGGGACAGAGAAGUCGCAUGCGAGCAGGCAGUCCACCAAGAUAUGGAGCAAGCGCCAACAACCGGUGAAGUAAAGGCUGCUGCGAAAGCUCAGGAAGAAGAAGCUGCAGUGCUUCAGAGUCCUCGGGAACGGUUCUCACUUUCAACCAGCGUCGAAAAAAUCACAGACAGGAAAGAUCACUUGAACAUCAAGGUAUCAAGUUACAUAUCGCCUCCACUUGAGCCGAAUGUACAGGCUGUGAAGGGAGCAGCUCGCCUUGCAGAAGAUUUCUCUCCAAAGCAGAGCCUCUCAUAUCUUGUCCCGGCCUUCAGGGAGCGAGAGGAGAAGCUGGCGGAGCUCGAAAACGCGUGGUUGCUGUCCUGGAAACGAACCUGGCAAAAGCACUGGGAAAAAAUGACGCCAGCUAGCGGGUGGCAUGUCGUUGAGAGGGGCAAUCUCUUCAGCGCUUCUCAGAGUGAAGCGGCUGAACUUGCCUUCUUUGUAGAUGAAGAGGAAGGCAGAGAAAGAAGCGCAGAGCUUCAGUGGCGAGGUAGAAAGUAUGCGCGGGAGUGGAACGGGCGAGAAAGUGGCUCUGUCGAGACGGGGAUUACCCACAAGAGUAUUGAUCAGGAAAGGGGUGGUAAGCUUGAGGAAUGGUCGCAUAAACUUUCCGAGGAAGGUCAGAGGACGAGACCAGAGAAUAGUGGUAGCGUGCGGAACCAGAGAGAGACCCUAGGAGAUGAACUACUCGCGAAAAAAAAAAGUAGCUCGACUUCCAGUGAUACGUUGCAAGAGCCAUCUGCUAAGCCGAAUGCAAACAAACCCGGCCUUUCUUCUCCACAGGCUUCUCAGAGCGGACGAAUGCUGAACGAUGGGGACAAGCGUGGUCAGCUCCCCUCGAUCAUUGAUGACUCCUGGCUCACCGAGGAAGACAACGACGCAAGUCCUGCCCUUUGGUGGCUUGUCCCCAAAGGGGCCUACUGCUGUCGCUGUGGGCGAACACAGCGAGAAAUGGCGUUGUCAUGUCUGGGUGACAUUGUCGCGCUUCCUCGGUCUCUCCGUGAAGAGGCCUGGAAGCGUGCAAAGGAGGCUGAAGCUACAGCUGAUGCAGCGGCUUCUCUGUCCUCAGUGUUUGCGGGCAGCCCUCUUCGCCACGGUUCGAGCACUGUUCUCGAGCGAGACAUGGCAAGGACACGAUCUCUGGAAGAUAGGUCUUUUGCGCAAAUGAUGCCUCACUAUUUAAGCGGUGCAUGCGAGGGGCUGACUUACAGAAGAACAUUCCGGGGAGGGGAUCCGACAGCAGAAGAGAGUGAAGGGGGGAGAACGAGCCACGGUCAAUCCCCUCACUCGCAGACACAGCGAGACAGAGCUGACAGAAGUGAAGAGCAUGGGCAGACACCGGGGUUUGCAGAUACGAACGAACGAAGGAGUAGAGGCGCUGAGUGGGGAACGAGUGGUCACCAGACAGAAGUGUCUUCCUCUCAGUUGCCGCCGGUGGCAUCUCUCAAUGUGCAACCUCCACAACACGUAAGCGAAACGAAAAGAGGAAAAUUUCCGCCAGUCCCUGUGGACAGAGUAGGCUACCGGGAAGAGACGGGGAUUGGGUUUGACCGGGACGGACAAGGACACCGAACGAGUAUCCCAAGCGACGAGAACGACACAGGUUCUAUGUUUCUUUCACGCGGACCCGGGAGCUCGUGGGCACACGAAAGCAGCAAGGACGAGUUUGGGGAAAACUGCAAAAGCAAGGACUUGGCGCUCACUCGUCAAAUCAAAUCGUCUCCGCCCUCGCCUCCAUAUUUGAAAGCGGUGUCAUCGCAGUCGAGACACUCCACCACGGGCGUACAAAAUUGUUACGGCUUUUCUGAAUCGCGGCCUGCCAUUUACACUUCGAGUUCGUCGCUGCCAGCUACCCCGGGAGGCAACACUACUGAUUGCGACAAAGGGCGUUCCGCCAAUAAGGAGGAUCUCCGUGCGUUCAACCACGAUCAGAAAAAACAGUUUGUGGACAUUGUACAGUCCUGGGUACCAGGAACGCCUCGAGUCGAUGUUCAGAGCGAUUCGCCAUCGUCGGACAAAGUUUCGCGACUAAGUGAAGCCUAUACAUUCAAUUUACAUCGUGCCUCCUGGGAGUUGCAGAGAACCGACGAGCACCGCGACUUGCCCCAAGAUGGAUUCAUUAUUCAGGAGAACAGUCAAGUAAGAGGCGGGGAUCGGACGGGUGGUAACCUCUCAGAGGCCGAACUCCGCCGAACAGACUCAUCGGCGGACAGAUUUUAUUGUCAGUGCCACAUGCAACCCGAGAAUGCUGACAACGGAGUGAUAUCUUCCGGAGGUGCAGCAGUACAUUCCCCCCUUUCCACUUCUUCGACGUCGUCGUGGAAUCCGGGUUCUCCGUUAGCGUCUGAAGCAGACACAUUAGAUACCCACACUUUCAGAGCGGCAGCGGAGGUGAAUUUGGCUCCGCCUAGCGCCACUUCACUUUGCGACACUAGAAUUAAGUCAUCGCAAGAGAACAACCGACGAACGGAAGAGAGGCAGAUGUCCCAGGACGCCGCGUCUCAUGGGCAAUCCGUAAGCCAACAAAAGAUCCUUGAUACCAAUGGGCUAUUUUGCCUCUCCGAAUCUCCCCCUAAGAAUCGUAGGAUGAAUCGCUGGUCACCUGAGUUUGCGGUACACACUGAAUCACAGAUCACAACGGCAGAAGAGUCCCUGCGCCGAGUGUCUGUGAAGGCGAAGGCACAGGAGACCGCAUCACAGCAGCGGAUCUCGCUGCUCGCGGUUGGACGUAUGGCCCGACACUUGGAGCUUGUCAACGAAGAUACAUUUGCCGUGUUUGCGCACAUAAUUAUGAUCCUCCCCUCCCGAGUUCUCGUUGUGGUUGCCCCUCCUUUGUUCGAAUUUCUCUUUGCCCUGAGAGAUGUUUGGUGUCGAGAUCUCCUCCUUCUCCCCCCCAAAGGGCAGCCCUCACUCAUGCUCAACCAAUCGCAACACCAGCUUCAGCAGGAACUUCAGAAACAUCAAGCGUACAGAGAGGCCGUUCUGCAGCCGAUCGUCUCCCAAAGACUCCGGCAACUCCUGGCUCUCGCACUGCGCAAGUUCUAUUCAUAUAGAAGACACAGAAAAGCAGGACAGUCGUACAUGCUGGAAGACCCAGUCUAUGGAAGGGGAGCGAAGUGUUUAACAAGAAGGUCCGUUUCUGCAACGGCCGCAGUUCCAUGAUACCAGUGUUCUAGCAACGCAUCCGUAGUGGGUGUGUGGUGAACUGCCAGACAACUUCGCAAUGUAUUAUCAAGCGCCCAGAGGAAAACGGAUGUUUCUUGCGAUGCCCGUCGUGUUGACAUAGCUGAAUCAGAGACCGUGUACAUUUCUUCACCUUAACUCAAGUGAUCCAGUGGCUUGCUGCGUUCACCAGCAUGUGCCCGCAAACGCGCUGAACGGCCUACUGACGUGUCUUCCUUUGUUCGUCUGUGCCAUGUUUUCACAAUGUGUGUGCGUGGUGGCCAGCGCAAUGCUGCCGAGGUGACCGUGUGUCUUUUUUUCCCUCGUGUUUCACGAAAGAGCGAAACGAUCGUGUGGCAGACGAUUCAUGUGGAAGGGACAACUACAGUAAGUAAGCAUCCCACACU